AUGAGCGCCGACUCCUUCGUCGCUGAGGCGUUCACCUUACUAGCGAUUGGCAUCCUCAUCAUCCUUCUUCGAACAUAUGCACGAGUACGCCAAGUCGGGCUUCGAAACUUGGAGGUCGAUGAUUACCUUAUGCUACUCGUCAUCGUCCCGUAUACGAUCGAGACGGCCCUUGCUCACACAGUUGGCGCAAAGUUUCGCGGCUUGACCAACAGUGGCAUGACGGAUGAGGAGAGGGAGGCCCUAUCACCAAACAGUGAGGAGUAUGAGCUGAGAGUUGGCGGAUCCAAGAUCCAGCUCUGCGGUUGGAUUAUAUAUUGCUCAGUGCUUUGGCUCAUCAAGACGGCCAUGUGCGCCUUUUACUUUCGGCUCACGGCCGGCCUUCAGGGCUACAAGGUGCGAAUCUACGUUGGCUUUGGACUUAUUGGCUUGACAUACUUUGUCAUUAUCUGCUGUGUUCUUUUCAGCUGUCGACCUUUCAACCACCUUUGGCAAAUCAACCCCAACCCAGGCAACUUUUGUCAGCCCGCACUGUCGAAGCUGUACAUCUUCAUCAUUGUCGUCCUCAACAUCCUUACCGAUAUCUAUUUACUAGCCAUUCCGCUUCCCAUGCUAUGGGGCGCCAAGAUUCCCAAGGUCAAGAGAUAUGGAUUGGUAGUCCUAUUCUCAGGUGCCAUCUUCGUCAUGGUUGCUGGAAUCUUGCGAUGUGUACUCAUCCUCCAGAACGCCGUCACAGGUCCCCAACAAGCCGCUUCGUGGGCUGUCCGAGAAUCGUUCGUCGCCGUCGUAACAUCGAAUUUGCCAAGCACAUGGGUCUGGAUGCGACAGAAGCUCAGACCCAUCUUUGGCUCUCUCUUAUCAUCCAACAUUGUCAGCUCAAAGUACAAUGGCGGUCCCGAACCAGGAAGCAUCAUGCUCGGCGAUGGGCAAGGCUCAGCCUGGAGGAGUCGUAGUGGUCGAUCUGAUCUCAGGACCGCCAACGAUAACGACCAUGGUGAGCUCAACGUUUACAUCCAUGGCGGAGGGGAAGGAAGUUCGGAUGAAAUCAUUCCUUCCAAGACGGGUGGUAUCACCAAGGACGUCGAGUUUACCGUUGAAGAGUCCCACCGGAGAGUGUAA